CCUCCCCCACCUCAUCACUCCCCACUCCAGGAAUCACACGAGCGACGUAGCAACCCACGGAUCAAGAAGCCAAGCGACCAAAGCGAUCGAGAAGGAGAGAGAGAGACCAAGGUCAGCGGCAGCGAGAUGGAGGCGAGGAUGUUCGGGCUGGAGACUCCCCUGAUGGCGGCGCUGCAGCACCUGCUGGACAUCCCGGACGGCGAGGCCGGCGGCGAAAAGGCGGGCGCCGCGAGCGGGCCGACGCGCACCUACGUCCGCGACGCGCGCGCCAUGGCGGCCACCCCGGCCGACGUCAAGGAGCUGCCCGGCUCGUACGCGUUCGUGGUGGACAUGCCGGGGCUGGGCACCGGCGACAUCAAGGUGCAGGUGGAGGACGAGCGCGUGCUGGUGAUCAGCGGCGAGCGGCGCCGCGAGGAGCGCGAGGACGCCAAGUACCUGAGCAUGGAGCGGCGGAUGGGCAAGUUCAUGCGCAAGUUCGUGCUGCCGGACAACGCCGACAUGGACAAGAUCUCCGCCGUGUGCCGCGACGGCGUGCUGACGGUGACCGUGGAGAAGCUGCCACCGCCCGAGCCCAAGAAGCCCAAGACCAUCGAGGUCAAGGUCGCCUGAAGGGAUCGAACGGAAGCCGAGAGGUCAGGACAGCGCCUGCGAGUUGUGGUGAGGACUAGUCGUGGUGGUAGUCUGGUAGCAGUGUAAGUGUGCUUUUGAGUGUUCGUUAAUUUCCUCCUGGUAUCCGUUUCUCUCUAUCUCGUGUGUCCACUUGGUUUUGUUUGAGCCGUGCUGGGCUGGGUGAUGAUGCUACCUACGUGAUGCAAAAGCGGAUGUCGUGCUGCGUUCUGAAUAAAUAAAUCUCUGUUCUGUUCA